AUGAACACAACCAGAGGUAGACGGAGUGGACGACAGGUGAGUUUUGUUAUGCGAAUUCACUUAGCAUUGCCUGCCGAGUGGGCGGCCGGUGCAAGUUACGCUGCGGGAAAUGUUAAUCCGCAGCUUCGUUUCAAAAAUGAGAUUCGAAACUUAGUAGAGAACUAUUACUUCAAUACAAGUACAGUUACUAAUGACCGUGACAAAGACCUCAUGCUAAGCGAACGAGUAUACUAUGUAAUGUACGAUGUCCCAGGUGUAAUCGUAUCAAAUAUCGGGUUUACAAGCAAAGCUGUCAGGGUUGCCAGGGAACUUGGCGUUAUUCUUGCCGUGCCAGAUCAACUUUUGGCAAAGCUUAGGUUCUACGUUUCUAAAAUUGUAAAUCAAAUUGAUACUGAAAUCCUCUCAGAAAUAAUGGAUGAAGAGGGUCAAGGAAUGGAUGAAGAAG